CAGGGAUACCGGCUCGUUACUCAUCGAGACCAACUUUUCACAACAUCGCUUGUAUAAAACACCUUGUCGACAAUGUCAUCCGUUAGUAGACGAUCUAAACGAUUCUGACGUAUACGCAAAGAGUGAUUGAUCCUUGUUUUAUCAGUUUUCGAGGAUAACGAGUAUGGCAGAUACCAAGGAAAAUCUUCUCACAGAAAUAUCAGCACCCCUUCUCGACUCCAAUGAUAAAGUUACCAUAGUUGGGGUUGGUCAAGUUGGAAUGGCAUGUGCUUUCACUAUUUUAACUCAGGGUAUAUCCAGUGAUGUGGUGUUGAUUGAUAUUGAUGAAAAUAAAUUGCAAGGCGAGAUGUUAGAUUUACAACAUGGUUCGCUGUUUUUGAGAAAUCCAAAAAUUGACGCUGGUACAGAUUACGCGAAAACUGCCAAUUCAAAAAUAUGUAUCAUAACUGCUGGUGCUAGACAGAGAGAGGGAGAAUCAAGACUGAACUUGGUACAAAGAAAUACAGACAUCUUCAAGUCCAUUAUACCCCAACUCGUUAAAUAUUCCCCAGAAACCAUUCUGAUGGUGGUUAGUAAUCCUGUGGAUCUUUUAACUUACGUAGCUUGGAAAAUCAGUGGCUUUCCUAAAAACAGAGUGAUUGGUAGUGGCACAAAUUUGGAUUCUUCUAGAUUCAGGUUUUUGCUUUCACAAAGGCUUGGCGUAGCUCCUAGUAGUUGCCAUGGAUAUAUAAUAGGGGAGCAUGGAGAUAGUAGUGUUGCCGUAUGGUCAGGAGUGAAUGUUGCCGGCGUACGUCUCAGAGAACUCAACCCCGAAGCUGGUGCACAAAAUGACAAGGAGAAAUGGAAUGAGAUCCAUAAGCAAGUUAUUGACGGUGCUUAUGAGGUUAUCAAGCUGAAGGGCUACACCUCUUGGGCGAUUGGAUUGAGUGUUGGGUCUAUUGUCAGGAGUAUUCUGCGAAAUUCUUCUGAAUUGCAUGCCAUAUCAGUUAAUGUUAAGGGUUUUCAUGGUAUCGAGGAAGAUGUGUUCCUGUCACUGCCAGCCAUUCUAGGAAAAAACGGAUUAACUAGAAUCGUUAAACAAAAACUGGAGCGUCAAGAAUUAGAGAAGCUUCGUAAUUCAGCCAGUGUAAUACACGAAGUACAAUCAGGAUUAAUUAUUUAGACUAGCCAGUGAAAUUUUGAAAAUGUGUAUAUUUUUUUUAUUUCUAACAAUAUAAAAGUUCUUGAAAUUAUAAUUAAUUUGUCGAGCGGAAAUGUGCAGUACUGUUUAGUUUUAAGGUUGUGAUUUUGUCAAGAUACAUAUGUCGAAUAAAUGCACUUGAUUGUAUGAAA